AUUUUGUGAUUGACAUUUUUGGGCAGUGUUCGUUUUCUGUACGAAAAUUAUCAAUAAUGAUCAAUAAUUCUCUUGGAAAAGCAAAUGCGAUGAUAUUGCAAUAAUAUUUCGCUUAUACUUGAUAUAAAACUAUAAGAAUGUGUGAUGUUUGUUCAGAUUUUUCACAGCUUUUAGUAAAUUGUGAAGCAAGGUUGACUGACGAUGUAUCCCAAUACCCAACAAUUAGCCAAUCUGAACUAGAAAUAGUACUAAAUUACAUUCUUUCAUGGCCUCAAAGACAAUGCAUGUGCUGCUAUCGUGAUGUGAAGAAUUUUGAAAGGUUCUAUCUUGUGGUGCAAAGUAUACUAUGUCUAUCAGUGUGCCAGCUCAAACAGCUUAAAGAUGACCUCAUUGAAGCAGCUAAAGUACCACCACCAGAUGAGACGCAGGAGAAAACAAAACCACCUGAUGUAGCACCUUCUGAUACUGAGGAGAAAAGUGAUGACCCUACUAAAGACACCACCCCACAAAAUGAUAACCCCGCUCCAACAGUACCCUCUGAACCAACUGAAGAACCAGGCAAGGAGAAGCCUUCAACAUCAAAUGAAGAUCCCGAAGUGUGGUCAAUGCCGCAAAAAGAAAAACUCAUGCACAUUGUCUCCAAAAUAUUCUUACUGAAUUUUCCUCUGUACCUAGCUUGCAAACAUUCAGCUUUGAGCCGGUUAGAUGACCUCUCCGCACAGGAAAUAUCCAACUUAAGCUCAUAUUGUGACUUGCAUGACACUGAAAUACCAGCUUACUUAUUGCGGAAUGUCAGUCUCUUCUGUAAAUUGGGAGGAGUGUGUGCAAUGACUUCGGUAUUUGAGCAUGCCAUGCCCAACACUUUGCCGUUGUCAAUGGCACAUGCUAUCGUAGCUGCUGUGGGAAAUCUCAAGCUGUGGCUGAACUUUAGAGCAGUGGCUCAGUUGUUCAUGCCACUCAGAAGUAAAAUCUUGAAUUACAUGUGCAACUUGGAGGAUAAGGACUUGAGAGUUCCAGCUGUCAAGUCUAUGGCUGAUUUCAUGUGGGGAGCAGCUAAAGAGCCACUAGACGCGCCUCUGGCGUUCGACGCCGAUGGCUUAGCCUUAGCCUUCAAGUACUUUAACAGCAGUACACUGACCAUGCGCCUGGCCGGAGUGGCACAGAUCAACGCACACAUCGCGGCCCACAAUGAGCUGUGUGCCGGAGAGCCGGCCGCGGACGCUGAGAUGGCUGGGCGGCGACUGGCAGCUUGGCUUAGCUUCAAUGAAAUCAUAGAACACUUGUUUGGACCCAAUUUACAUGUUGAGGUGAUCAAGCAGUCGCACAUGAUCCUUAAGUUCCUGGCGGUAGAGGGCCGCGUGACGACGGAGCACGUGGAGCUGGUGUGGGCGGCGGCGCAGCUCAAGCACUGCGGCCGCCAGGUGUACGACCUGCUGCCCGGCUUCAUCCGCGCGCUGGCCCCCAAGCCGUGCGCGCACCUCUAUAGCCUGCUGUGCGCGCUGCCGCCCAAGGACCACACUGAGCAGAGCUUAUACCUCGCGUCGGCUCUCAUGCGGGCCAUGUGGUCCCGCGGGGGCUGCGCGGGCGCGGGCGCGGGCGCGGGCACGCCGCCGGCGCUGGGCGCGGGCCCGCCGGAGCCGCUGCGCCAGCCCGCGCCGCCCUGCAAGCCGCACCACAACUCCUCCUCGGAGGCCAGCGUUAGCAUGGACCAGACGAACUCGGACGAUGACCCUUGUGAAGAACUAAGUACAUCAGGAGAAGAGGCUGGGCCUACACCACGGAAGCAAAGCAAACACCAACGCGAGCUUACUGCUGAACAAGAAUGGCUUCGAGAAGGCGAAGAACUAUCGAAGAAAGAAUGCCCAACCCUCAAGUCUUGCCAAAAACGCAGCAAGCGCGCCGGCAGCAGCGGCAGCGCCAGCAGCGGCGCCGAGGAGCUGCUGCGGCCGCGCAAGAAGAAACUCUACAAGAAGCGCCACAAGCCCGGCAAGACCAGGCAUUUCCCAGCCGCGCUGAAGCCGGCCGAGCUGGCGGAGUCGGUGUCCGAGGUGGAGGAGGAGACGUCCGGCAGCGACACCGGACACUGCCAGCUGCUGUGCGACAAUGUCGAUGCUAGGAGGUUAAUGGAGCUUCGUCUUAUGGAGAGCUACAAACGCCGCGGCGCGUCAGGUGAAGAGGAAGAGGGUAGUGCGUCGUCCGCCAUCUCGCCGCACUCGCACCCGCACCUCGCCGACUUGGACGAGGAUGACUCCGCCUGCGAGGAGGAGCUCGCUCGCCUCGCUGCCCAGAGUAUCUUAUUCCAGGCGCAAUGUCUCACCGAGUACCAGACGUCACGCGUGGGCGUGGGCGUGGUGGGCGUGGGCGCGGGCGCGGCGGUCGCGGCGCCGCCGUGUGACGUCGACGCGGUGUGCCGGCCUGGGAAUACGCUGCUGUGGGACUUGCUGCAGGACGGCAACAUUGAGCAACUUGGUGAAGGCCUAGCCCUAGAAGCGGAGAAAGCGCUUUGCGCUCUGCUUUGCUUCAGCACAGACAAGUUUAUCCGGAUUAAGUUCAUCGAAGGGUGUCUCGACAACCUCGCUAAUCACAGAUCUGUAGCAGUAUCGUUACGUCUACUGCCAAAGCUGUUCUCAUCAUUCCAACAAUUACGAGGCAUGGAUAUGCAUCAGGUGGUGAUGUGGGCGGAGCGCGAGCGCGGCAUGAUGCGCCUGUUCGUGGAGGACCUGCGCCACUACACGCAGCAGGCGCGCGGCGCGGGCGACGCGGCGCACUACGCGCACAUCACAGAACUCACCGUGCGCUUGCACUUCUUGACGGCCAUAUUCUCGCCGGUGGGCUCUCCGCAGCAUUUCAGACUAACAGUAGAACAAGUGGAGGAACUAUGGCAGUGCUUAGUCGUACGCGGCGGGCCCGAGUGCGCCGACUGCCUGUACUCGUGGCUGCUGUCGCACACCAAGUCGCCGGAGCAGCACGCGCUGGGACUGGACGCGUUACGGUUCCUCUACGUGGAGAAGAUGCCCACGCUCGACCCUGAGACGAUCAGCAUCAUGGGGCUGAGUCUAUACCAGCAGUUGUGCAACUUGGCUCGCAUGGCGCUGGGUGCGGGAGAGUCUCGCGACACUCCACACCCUCACACACUGGCUAUGGACCAUCUUUGGAAGAUCGCGCUCAGAGCUAACAGCACUGACGUUUCCAUGGGCGCGAUCCAGUACCUGAACAGCUAUUACAUGGGCCAGCAACUACAACAAGAAGAUGACUUCGUAUCGAAGUGUAUGUUCCAUCUAUCGUCCGCGGCUGAACGUCUUAUAUCCAAGAACCAAGAUGAUGAGGGUUCCAUUACACCGGUGAAAUGUGACGAUAAGAAAGACACCGAAAAAACGGACAAACAGAAUAUUUAUGAACAUAUGACGGAGGAGGCAGCUCUACAGUGCAUACAGAGGGCGCUGUUGUUGCUGAAAACGCAUUUAGAUACGUUCAAAAGAAGAUACGCGUACCACCUCCGUCGUUGGGCGUUGGCGGAGAGCGGGGCGUGGGAGGGGUGCGGCGGCGCGGGCAGCGUGCGGCUGACAUUGCAGCCGGCCGGUGCGGGCCCGCGCGCCUCGCUGAGUUUACACCACCAGGACUUGGUUGCGCAUCUACGCGCGCACGUGCAUGUCUGGUGGGAGAAGCAGAUACAAGGAGAGGAAGGAGUUACGGCACUGUCAACGGAUGGGCCGCUGCGAAUGAUAACGCAAGGGCAAGAGUUGACCAUCGACUACGAUGAGAGGACACUGUAUGAUAUGGGGUUUAAAGAUAAUCAACUGGUAUUCGUAUCCGUGGGCGUAGGCGGGCGGGGCGCUUGGGCGGAGUGGCCGUCCGCCCAGCCCGCCCCAGCUAGGGCGAGGCUCCCGACGCUGCUGCUGCUAGACCCUACAUGCUUUCACCAGCUGUUCACGCUGAUGCAAGCCCUUGCUCGUAUGAAGGAGCCUGGGCCUAACUCGGAGCCCGUAGCUCACACAAAAGCACAACUCCUCUCUCGGCGCGUAUGGGACAUCCUUCAAGCAGUGCCUCUCAACCCCACUUUACUGGAGGCCUUCCAGAACCCAACCGAGAGCAAACUCCCCGAACUCCUCGACCCUACCAGCCCUCAGAAACUCAUGUACUCGCUACACAUCAUAGACAAACUGAGCUCAAACAGCGCACCGAAUGUAAAGGAACCUACUGGGAGCAUAGACAAAAGUGAAGAAGACAAAGUCAGCGUAGAGAACUGGAAUGACCUGUUUAUAAAGAAAGGUGGCUUGAGGCUGCUGUAUGAUAUCAUGAUGUCAGGAGUAUUACAAAGGAGCGACGACAGCGAAUGGCGGCAGGACUGUCUGGCGUUGCUUCUGCAGCUCUUGUGUCGCAUCGGGACGCUGCCGUCUUCGGAUCCGGCGCAGACGCCCAAGUUGCACCCAUCCUUGCUGUCGCUGAUGACGGUAGAAGAAACCACGGACCGGUUGAUUUCGAUAUUGUGCGAGGCAGCCACGUUGAAAGAACCCACCACUUACAAGACUGGAUUCUGGGGAAGAGCUCAGGUGGUACAACACGCGAUGCGCAUGUGCGUGUGGUGGGCGCGCGGCGGCGGCGACGCGGUGGCGCUGGCGUGGUCGCUGCGACGCGCCGCGCCGCGGCUGCUGCUCGACGACGCCGAUCCGGCUGUGCGUCGCGAGGCGGGCAGCGCUCUGUACCGUUUAUGCGCGGGCGGCGAGGUCGCGGUGCUGGCGCCGCUGCUGCAGCUGCUGCUGGCGCACCUGCCGCGCGCCGCCGACAUGCGCCCGCACCCCGCGCCGCCCAGCCACCACCCGCAUGAGGUGGUGCAUCACCACGCUGAGGAAGGCAAGGAACCGUACGGGCCGGCGUGCAGAGACUACUUCUGGCUCGUUUGCAGGCUCAUAGACGGACUUCCCGAAGAUUUCUUCAAAGAGGGCGCCACCUCAGAAGACAGCGGAGCGCCGGACCUAAACGAGCUGUGCGAACAAAUUCGCUCAUCGCUAGAAAAGCGGGAGAUCAUAGAGAAACGCAGCGAACCCUGUGCGCCAGACGACGGUCUCUACGGGCAACUCAGCCUGCUGACGCACCUACUCAAGCACCCGCUCAGGUUCAAGACCUCUGAGCAGGGGACCAGGACUCUGGAGAUGGUUUUUGGGUUCUUGUUCGACGUGCCGAACCCAGAGCAGCGUAACCUUCCGAAGUGCAAGUCGCAGAAGUCUCGGGCGGCCGCUUACGACCUACUUGUGGAGCUGGUGCGAGGCGCGCCUGAUAACUACAUGGUGCUGCACCAUAAGCUUAUGGAGCACCACAAGCCUGGUCCGCAAACGUCGUACCCGUGGGACUACUGGCCGGCCGAGGAGUCCCGCUCGGAGUGCGGCUACGUGGGGCUCACCAACCUCGGCGCCACGUGCUACAUGGCGUCGUGCAUGCAGCACCUGUACAUGAUGCCGCAGGCGCGCGCCGCCGUGCUCCGCGCCGACCCCGCGCGCUCCCGCCACGCGCCCACGCUGCACGAGAUGCAGAGGAUGUUCGCCUAUCUAAUGGAGAGCGAGCGCAAAGCAUACAACCCACGCAGCUUCUGCAAGGUGUACCAGAUGGACCACCAGCCUCUGAACACGGGCGAGCAGAAGGACAUGGCCGAGUUUUUCAUCGACCUGGUCUCCAAGCUCGAGGAGAUGACGCCCGAGCUCAAGAAACUGGUUAAAACUCUAUUCUGUGGCGUGCUGAGCAACAACGUCGUGUCACUCGAUUGUCCCCACGUAUCGCGCACGCUAGAAGAGUUCUACACGGUGCGCUGUCAAGUGGCAGAUAUGAGAAACCUCCACCAAAGUUUAGAUGAGGUGACGGUGAAGGACACGCUAGAGGGAGACAACUGCUAUACCUGCUCGCAGUGCGCCGCCAAAGUCAGGGCUGAGAAACGGGCGUGCUUCAAGAAACUCCCGCGCAUUCUAUGCUUCAACACGAUGCGGUAUACCUUCAACAUGCUCACGAUGCUCAAGGAGAAAGUCAACACGCACUUCUCUUUCCCUAUGCGCCUCGACAUGUCUGGAUACGUCGAGAAACACCUCAUGCCCGCACAGUAUCAGGAAGAGAAAAAGAAAGACGCAGAGCUAAAGAAAGAGGGUGAGGGCAGUCCGAAUGCGGAAGUCGAAGACAACUCCGAAUUCGAAGAGCAUUAUGAGUACGAGCUAAUAGGCGUGACGGUACACACGGGCACGGCGGACGGCGGGCACUACUACUCGUUCAUCCGCGACCGCGAGCACGAGCACCCCGACCGCUGGCUGCUGUUCAACGACGCGGAGGUCAAGCCCUUCGACCCGGCGCACAUCGCCGCCGAGUGCUUCGGGGGCGAGAUGACGAGCAAAACCUACGACUCGGUGACGGACAAGUUCAUGGACUUCUCAUUCGAGAAGACUAACAGCGCGUACAUGUUGUUUUAUGAGCUCAGCCCGCCGCGCUCGCAGCGAGGCUCUGACUGCGGACAGCAGGAGGAAGCUCAGUCGUCAACGGCCGAGGAAUCCGUAGCGAACACAGUGGUCGAGCGACGCAGCGGCAACGCGGUACCGGCUUUACCAAAAGAUCUGCUGCACUGGAUAUGGGACGACAAUAUGCACUUUCUGCACGAUAAAAACAUCUUCCAACACGCAUACUUUACGUUCAUGGGCCAGAUGUGUAGUUCGGUUCCGCAGUCGCUGCUGACGCUUCGGCCUGAAGUGACUGAAGUCGCCGCGAGGCUCUCCACUUCGUUUUUUAUUGAAACCUUCAUACAUGCGAAAGAAAAGCCAACGAUGGUUUCAUGGGUGGAAUUGGUGACGAAACAGUUCAACGCGUCGGCAGCAGCUUCGGAAUGGUUUUUAGGACACAUGGCCGAUGACACGUGGUGGCCGAUGCAGGUGUUAAUAAAAUGUCCAAAUCAAAUGGUUCGUCAGAUGUUUCAAAGGCUGUGUAUGCAUGUCAUACAGAGGCUCAGAUCUAGUCAUUGUGCCUUAUACCUUCAGGGUAUGGAAGAGGGCGAGGAUAAUAGCAAGUUGGGAGAAGCGAGUUGUGUUACUAGGUUUAUAAGAAUGUUGUUAUCUUUGAUGGAAAACGGUGCACGGUCCCACCUAAGGCACCUGACAGAGUACUUUAGCUUGCUGUACGAAUUCAGCAAGAUGGGGGAGGAAGAGGGGAGGUUUUUGCUGCGAGUCAACGCCAUUUCAAGCAUGGUCAGCUUUUACCUUGGCCAGAAUUCCUCUACGGUUGAAUCGCCUACCGAAGAGGCUGGCGGUAGCGGCAGUGGCAGCGGCAACACCGAGAGCGCGGGAGACAAGCUGCGACCCGGCGCUCUUGACAAGAUGGUGGCGCUGGUGGCCGGGCUCGUGGAGCGCUCGCGCGACCAGGGCGGCCUGCUGGCGCUGCAGGAGCCCGACGCCAGGGCGCUGCUGCACGCUAAGGGGUUCCCGUUUAUCUACCAGCAGACACGCGACUGCCUCAAUUUACAACAGACGAGGUCGUUGAUCUUCGCGCUGUGCCGCUGGAAUGAGCCGCUUGCGCAGAAGAUAGUCAACAUGAUUUUCCAGGCCAUUGCCAAGCAUUCUGAGAGCUGUGGAGCGUUUUUUAAACUGCUGACGCUGCUGGUCGAAGGCAGCGGCGGCGGCGCGGGCGCCACGGGCGGGCUGCCGUGCUUCACGCAGCUGGUGCUCGCGCGGCUCUGGGACGUCGCCGACGUGUGCCCGCACGCCGCGCUCGAGUGGCUCGCGCUGCAGGUGCCGCGCAACAAAGCGGCUCACGCGUGGGCGCUGCGCACAGCAGACCGCUGGGUGGAGCAGCAGCUGCUGGCGGCGGGCGCGGCGCGCGUGCGGGCCGGCGCCGCGCUGCUGCUGGUGGCGCUGGUGCCCUCGCAGCACUUCCGCGCCGGCUACACGCGCCGCCCGCCGCCCGCCUCGUCCCAUCUGGCCAAGCUGCCCGACACUGCCCAUCAUGCGCUACACCAGGUUUAUACAAUGCUCCUGGGCAAGCUAAAGGCAGCUCGCAAGUAUACGGAUAUCGCAGUGCACGGCACGAUGAAGCUCACCGCUUACUUUGGCGUCAUGUCCUACUGCGUCGUCAGCAGGGUGGAGAAACUAAUGUUCGGGCAGUACUUCAACGACCUGUGGGAUCUGUACCACCCGGCGAUUUCGGAGCCGUCAGUGGCGGUGCAUCCCAACAAGCAAGCGCUGCUGACUUUCUGGCACGCGGUCUCUGUGGACUGCCCUGAGAACGUUCAGCUGGCGGUCAGCAACCCGCGAUUAAUCAAACACGUCGCUUUCAAUUACAUACUAGCGGACCACGAGGACGGUGAAGUGGUAGCCUACAACCGGUCGAUGCUGCCGCCGUACUACGCGCUGCUGCGGCUCUGCUGCCGCCGCUCCGCCGCCUUCGCGCGCUCGCUCGCGCAGCACCAGAACAUCCACUGGGCCUUCCGCAACAUCGCGCCGCACGCGCACCUCUACCCCGGCGCCGCCGAGGAGCUGCUCAGACUAGCUCGUAUUCUCGCGGCCCGAGGCGCGGCGGGCGGCGGCGCGGCCAGCGCCGAGUCGGGCGACGGCAGGGAGGCCGCGGCCUUCAGGCGGAGCACGCUCUCCGCGUAUUUACAGGGUUUAAAUGGCAGAACGUGUUGGACAACGUUAAUAUCCGCGUUCUGCACACUAGUCGAAAACGAAGAUGACAGGUUAUACGUCGUUUAUAAUGGCGGAUUACAAAUGACAUUUGAGGCGCUACACAGUCUCCACGCAGUAUACGUGGAAGGCGGCGGCGCGACCGGCGGCGGCGGCGCGGCAGGCGUACGCGGCGAACUGGCCGCGGCCUUACGCUGGGCCGCGGCUCUUUGCCGGACACUCAGGACCCGCCGUGACGCUAAGGAAGCCCGCGCCUUACUGCUAGCGUGCAAGGACUGGCCCGAGUGCGCUAGGCGGCUGUUGGCUAUGCUAGCGGCGCAUCACAGGCUGGAUCAUUUGAGAGUUCCUGCGUUAGGCGUGCUCCGGGAACUAGUUCUAAUCGGCGGCGCGGCAGCGUUAGGCGCGCUGGUCCCGCUAGCAGCAGCAGCGCGCGGCGAGCAGCGCGCUCGCUCGCACCUGCACGUGUGCGCGCGCCCGCACCCCCCGCCGCACACCCCGCACGCGCCUCAUACGCCGCAGCCGCCGCCCAGCGCCGCUGCUUACCGGCCGUAUCACAAGUUCAUAGACACAUGCUGCCGAGUGGCGCGGACACAGCGCUGCAUGUCGGAGCAGCUGGUGCUGCUGUCGGCGCUGUGCGCGCUGGAGACCGUCCCGCUCCGCUUCAACUACUUCGCCAGCUUCUGGCGGGACGUGGCCGCCUCGCCGGUGAGUCAGGCAAGCUACACUCAGGGAGCAGCUGGUGCUGCUGUCGGCGCUGUGCGCGCUGGAGACCGUCCCGCUCCGCUUCAACUACUUCGCCAGCUUCUGGCGGGACGUGGCCGCCUCGCCGUCAGGCAAGCUACACUCAGGGAGCAGCUGGUGCUGCUGUCGGCGCUGUGCGCGCUGGAGACCGUCCCGCUCCGCUUCAACUACUUCGCCAGCUUCUGGCGGGACGUGGCCGCCUCGCCGGCGGACGCGAAGCUGGAAGAGAUGCUUCUAGAGUGCAGCGUGGUGUCCGAGUACAUGGACGCCAUCAUGCUGGACGAGCGGGACUCGCUCGAGGACACCGCCAUCUACCAGUUUAUGCUGCAUUACUACCCUAAGGUGAACGGUCCCCCCGCGGCCGGGGCGGGCGGCACGCCUCCGGACCCCGCAGCAGACGCGUGGAACGGCGGCGCAGCACUAGCGGAGGAGCUCGCCGCGCGCUGCAGCGGCCCGCUGCGAGGCCUGGCGGGCUGCGCGCGCGCGCUCGUCGUGCUGGCCGCGCGCCGCCCGCAGCCGGCCCUGGCCCGCGCGCUGAGGACCGCUGCGUUGACGCUACAGCAGCGACUGCAUACUGAUACUGGUCAAAUCUCUUCCUGCUUUGACCCGUGCGCGCUCGUCGUGCUGGCCGCGCGCCGCCCGCAGCCGGCCCUGGCCCGCGCGCUGAGGACCGCGGCGUUGACGCUGCAGCAGCGACUGCAUACUGAUACUGGUCAGUGA